AUGGAUGAUAUACUUUCUUUAAAGAAGACUGCCUCAAGGCCAGACCUUAUUGAGCUCUCCAUGGCAAUAUGGUCCGGGUUUCUUUCUCGUUUUUCUGAGUGUUAUAUGAAGUGUGCUCAGGAACCAAGCUGCCUGUCGUUAUUAUAUAACAGAGCUUUUCAGUCGUGUCACAUCUUCAACAUUAUUUACGACAGCGACGGCAAUGGAAGUAUCGACUACUACUGGGUCCUCGACAACAGAAGCUCACGAUGGGCCCCAAAGUCAUGUCUUGAUGUUAAAAUUUGCUCUGACAUUACUACAAAUGGGGAGUUUUGGAUUUAUCCAACUGCUACCGAUGGAAAACGAACCAAGGUCUUUUGUCACACUCUCGCAACGGAACCAUCUCAUUUCAUCACCUUAAAGAACAUGAACAGCUUCUUUCAACACGACAGCUCAAACUUGAUAAAUACUUCUAUAGCAUGCCAGUCCAGUAUGAAACCUCCUUUAAAACGAGUGGAGUUUACCAAAAUCAAAAUACAGAUAGAGGACAUGGAAGUUGUUGGAGGAGACUACACUUUCACGUCCGUAACGGGAUCGCCCACAAUUAAGUAUGGAGAAUCCGACGAUUGUAACGGGCCGUACCGUCUUGAUCCCUGUCCUCAUUUUGGACACGCAGUCAUUGACACCAGAGGGACUGGGUUGAUUGUAGACCCUAAUAUAACAUUUGGAUUAACUUUCGAUUAUAAGGCUGAAAUGAAAGACUUCAUCAGAUCAGCUGACGGUUCUCAGAUAUCCUUCCUGUGCGCUGGCUGGUGCAGCAAGUGUGGACCAACGUCUGGACCAAUCAAACUGCUUCUUUCUACGGAGUUCAUUUCAGCUACUGAUGCACGGCCAGUAACAUGUCGAAGUAAACAAUGAUACUCAAAAGAAGUUCGGCAGGAAUUAAGAAAUAACUCGUAAAAAAAUGGGCGGAAUACUCGUCCUGUACUACUAGUAUAUCAAUCAUUGAGCAA